AUGAUUACCAACUAUACCUAUGUCAACAAGAUAAUACCAAGAUGGGGACCAAACUAUUUACCAUGGGAUGUACACGUCCAGAAUGCAAUGGAUCCACAUGAUGUAUGCAUCUAUCCAGAUAUACCAAGAACAUAUCAUUCUCCAAAACUAUUAAGAGACUUUCAAUCAAUAUAUGAUGGAGAGGAUGAAGUUGAUAUAUGGUCAUAUUAUCAAUUUAAUAUUAAUGAUAUGAUGUUGGAUAUAUGGAAUGGAUUAGAUUUGUCGUAUUUACUCAAAGUUAACUAUGAUACCUAUAUCGACAAUCAACUAAAGUCAUCAAUAGUGGUACAAUCAUUGGAUGUCAUACCAUUUUUGGACAAAGGAUCAAUAUCAACUAGUUAUGCUCUACCAAUUGAUGAUGUCACUUCAGAUACUGAUCAAUCAUGGGACAAGUAUCUUCAUAAGCUUGGACUAACUGGAAGAGGAAAUGGUGGUGCAGUCAGAUGUAUAUAUCAAGGAGUAAUCACAUCAUCUUAUAUUGGAUCAGUGGUAUAUUACAUUGGCAAAUACUCUAGACAUUACAAAUCAUUGAACAAUAAUCAUAUGGUCACUAUCGAUGAUGUUGCCAAUGGACUUGACUUUGACCCAUCAAUCACAUCGAUCAAGUCACUUGGUAUCCUAAACAAGUUGAUGAGAGACAGCACUCUCAAGUCAAUAGUUGCAGGUCCUGGUCAUUCAUGUAAAGAGGCAUGUUCAACACAAUCUAAACAAUGUUUGGAAUCUGAUCAACUUCUACUUCUGGAUGACAUGUCUACAUUAUAUCGAUUCGAAACAGUAUGUGACAAGGUUAUUGUGGCCAAGGAUGAUCAGAUCAAUGGCUGGCCAAUCAGAUAUAGCAACUAUACUUGUAGUAUUCCAUUGAGACCAUCUAGGUUGAGCUGCCUACAUCAUCCACCCACUCUAGAGUUUAGUGAAGUUACAAGUCACUUCCUAUGUAUAUGUAGAGACAACAACAACAAC